UCUUGCGUGAAGAGAUGCUUUGAUAGCAUGUAUUUUAAUCUCUCUCUCUCUCUCUCUCCCCUUUGUGUUGGGCUCUAUAUGUGCCUUGAUUCGAAGGGACAGUAGGGCUAUCUAUAAUCCACAACAACAAUCCCUCCCAUCCCAGGUCGAACGUGUUCGCCUUCAGACUCAGCACCAAGAGAGACAUAACAGCACGAGAUUUGCUUUCCGUUCUAUCUUCUACAACAGAGAGUGAAACAUGGGUUAUUGGUCAUCGAAGGUUCUUCCGAAGAUCAAGAAAGUGUUUGAGAAGAAUGGAAAGAAGCCUGCGGCUGCGGAGGCUUGCAAGUCCUUUGAUGAUUCUAAGGGGGAGAUAGAUAAGGAGUUCGAGGAGAAGAAGGCAGAGCUUCAGCCUAAAGUAGUGGAGAUAUAUGAGGCUUCCUCCGCAGAAGUUAAGGCUCUUGUUAAGGAGCCCAAGGAAGCAGGACUCAAGAAGCACUCGACCGCUGUCAACAAGUUCCUAGAAGAGCUUGUGAAAAUCGAGUUUCCUGGAUCGAAGCCAGUGUCAGAAGCGUCCACAAAGUAUGGACCAGUCUUGGUGUCGGGGCCCGUGUUAUUUGUAUUUGAGAAGGUGUCCACCUUCAUAAUCACUGAGGAGAAGGAAGUCGAGGCUCCUCCUGCAGAAGCAGCAACUUCUGGAGAGGUAACUGUGGCGGUGGAAGAGAAGGCGGAGAUUGUCGUCGAAGAAGAGAAGAAGGAAGAAGCGGCCGUGGAGGCUGCGGAGCCACCCAAACCAUAAAAAAAUGGGGAAAAAGGAGCAGCAUCAUAAAUCAUUUAUAGUGAAACUCUGUGCACAUGGUUUACGCGAUACCAUUGUAAAAGCUGAUUUGUUAUUCUUUCGUUGUAUGUCCACCUCUUCGUCUUGUAUCUCCGUCUUCAGUUGUUUAUAUUUGGCGAAUCAAACGUGUAGUUUUCAUUUCGUUUUCAUUUUUCCGGAAUCAAUCAAUUAGUUCGAUUGUCAAUGGUUUCGGGUGUGGUCUCUGGGAUAUAGCAAGGUGAACGCGAUGGAGCGGUGGCUGCUACUUUUGAUCUUCAAGACCUUCAAUCUGUAAAUCACUUUUUAAAGUGUUUUUGUUCAUAUUUUAAUUACUAGAUAGCUAGGAAGUUGGUCAACCGAUAGUGAUUCUAUGGAAUUUUGCAUAAUGGCUUGCAAAAAUUUGUGAAAAGAAUCCUGGGCCUAUGUGGGUCCGUCCCUUCCAUGUAUUGCAUUGUAUAUGAUAUUUUUUG